AUGGCUCUCUCCCGGGUUCUGCUCCUCAUCUUCGGCUUGUGGGGUCAGGCCGGGCCGGUGAGGGGGGCCUCCAGCGGUGUGACAAUCUGCUCCUGUGACCUUUCCCCCGGGAACUGUGACCUGAACUGCUGCUGUGACCCCGACUGCUCCCUGAGUGAUCCCACCAGUGUCUUCUCUUCUUGUGUACCCGGCAGCACCAAGGCGGAGAGGUUGAUCUGUCUGUACAGCUGGCUGAUAUUUCGCAACAACACCCCUUACACCACCACCGUGGUCGGCUCACCCCCUACUCAGCUCUUCUGUGUCCUCUCAGCUGAUGCCACCCUGAAUUUCUUUGUCACCCCUCGGACAGUGGACGCAUCGAACUUCCUGUCUGUCAGUGAG